CGUGGAUGGGCCUCCGGUCAUCUUUCGUCACUGGGAUCUCGUGCCAUUCCUAGCGCGUACGGCAGCAGUGCAUCUGAUAUUCACAGCGUAAGACCAGGUUUAACCUCAUAGCUUGCUGACAUAGGCUCUCGUCGCUGUUCUUCACAUGAAUUCCGGUCGGGCUAACGUUCGGUGUAGCCAUGACCGAGACUGGGUGUCUGCGCUCGGCGUGAGCGAUGACAAUGGUGCGCACAUAGUGCCAGCGGCUCUGACGUCCACAUUCAGCGCUCGAUUUACCGGCGCCACUCACGCAACGGAGCUUCUGCCGACGAUGCUUAUAGCCUGACGGUCGCCAUGGAUGUUCAGCGUUCGUCCCACCUGCGGUUCCCUUCUGUUCGAGCAGCCAUGACCACCAUCGCCACGCCCAUUACCGAGCUCUUUGGCAUAAGGCAUCCCAUAAUCCUUGCUGGAAUGAACGUUGCCGCUGGUCCUGAGCUUGCUGCAGCAGUGACGAAUGCAGGCGGCUUGGGUGUCAUCGGUGGCUAUGGUUUUACGCCCAAGCAUCUGCGCAUGCAAAUACAGGCCAUUAAGGAAGGACUAGAGGACAAGAACGCGCCGUUUGGAGUAGAUCUGCUGUUGCCGCAAGUAGGAGGAUCGGCGAGGAAGACCAAUUAUGAUUAUACGAAAGGUCAACUCGACGAACUCAUUGAUGUCAUUAUUGAGGAAAAGGCCGCGCUCUUCGUUAGCGCUGUCGGCGUCCCUCCAGUGCAUGUCGUCCAGAAGAUGCACGCUGCUAGUAUACCAGUAAUGAACAUGGUCGGGCACCCCAAACACGUCAAGAAAGCCUUGGCCGUCGGUGUAGACCUCAUCUGCGCUCAGGCUGGCGAGGGCGGCGGUCAUACGGGCGAUGUUCCCGCCAGCAUUUUGAUCCCUGCAUGUGUUGAUGCCGUACGAGGGCACACAUCACCCAUGACCGGCGAGCCGGUGUAUGUCGUAGGCGCAGGCGCCGUGUACGAUGGGCGGUCACUCGCUGCAAAUCUCAUGUGGGGUGCGCAUGCUGUCUGGGUCGGGACUCGCUUCGUAGCCUGUGUUGAGGCCAGUGCGCCCAGGCUUCACAAGGAUUUCGUCGUCAAAAGUGGCUUCGACGAUAGUGCUCGCACAACAAUAUACACAGGACGGCCGGUUCGGUUGUUCAAGACGGCAUACGUAGAGGAAUGGGAAAACGGUAGGCAGGACGAGAUACGCGCGUUAGCCUCCCAGGGUAUCAUACCUUACAACAAAGACAUGGAAGAGCGACCUCACAAAAGCAUUGAAGCACGACCUUGGAUCAUGGGCCGUGUUGCGGCGCUCAUUGACGAGAUACUACCUGCAAAGGUAAUAGUGGAGAAUAUGGCCAACCAGGCCGCAGAAGUCUUGAAGCAAAGAGCGUCCAUGGUGAAGUCGAAACUCUAGAUUCAGCGCACGCCGUGGUGUGUUUACUACCCUGUACGCAAAUUUGCUCGCGGCCUGUGGAAUGCGGAGACGGUCUUCUCUAUUCCGGACUUUAACGUACUAGCCAAUAAGGCAGAUAGCACCGCACGAAGAUCUGGAAUGUCGCU